AUGCAGUCAUGGAGAAGAAAAUCCCUCUGGCUGGCCCUGUCGGCCUCCUGGCUCCUCAUCCUGCUAAGAGUCUUCCCAGUUCUCCGCCUGAAAGAGCCCGCCAGACGCCAGGCAGUGUCCCCCCAAGGCUGGCCCCACUGGCUGGACACAGAGCUCCUGCAGAGUUUCUCCCAGCCUGGGGAGCUCCUGGAAGACGACCUUCAACCUCCUCAAGCCCCCCAUGGCGGCAGCUGCACCCGGGGAGCUUGCUUUGAUGCCUCGAGGUGCAGAGGUGGUGGCCUCAAGGUGUUCGUGUACCCGGCGGUUGGACCCAUCUCUGAGACUCCACGCAAGGUCCUGACUUCCAUCGAGGGCUCCCGCUACCACACAGCCAGCGCUACGGAGGCCUGCCUCCUCAUCCUCGUCCUCAGCCCCGACACCCCUGCGGGAGAGUGCCACCCGGUGCCCCCGAAGUGGGAUGGGGGCAAGAACCAUCUGGUCCUCAGUCUCCACCCCACCCCUUGCCUCCGGAUCUUCCAGCUGGGACAGGCGAUGGUGGCCGAGGCCAGCCCCACGGUGGACACCUUCCGGCCCGGCUUUGACGUGGCCCUCCCUCUUCUCCCUGAAGCCCACCCUUUGCGAGGGGGGGCCCUUGGCCAGCUGCGGCAGCACAGCCCCCUCCCUGGGGUGGCCCUGUUAGCCGUGGCAGAAGAGAGGGGCGGGUGGCGCACGGCGGGCACCAACUUCUCUGCCUGCCCCUGGGAUGGGCGCUGUGAGCAGGACCAUGGACCCAAGCAGACCCACCCGGGGGCGACGCUACCCAAUGCCACCUUCUGCCUCAUCCCUGGUCGCAGUCCUGAUGCCUUGCACUUCCUUCAAGCCCUGCAGGCUGGCUGCAUUCCUGUGCUUCUCAGCCCUCGCUGGGAACUGCCCUUCUCGGAGGUCAUCGAUUGGACCAAGGCGGCUGUUGUAGCUGAUGAGAGGCUCCCACUUCAGGUCCUGGCUGCCCUCCAGGAGAUGCCCCUCUCGCGAGUCCUUGCUCUGCGUCAGCAGGCCCAGUUUCUGUGGGACGCCUACUUCUCCUCCAUGGAGAAAGUCAUCCACACCACCCUGGAGAUUAUUCAGGACCGGAUCUCUGGAGCAUCUGCUCACCCCUCGCUCCUGUGGAACAGCCCCCCAGGGGCACUCCUGGCCCUGUCCACUUUCUCCACAAGCCCCUCGGACUUUCCCUUCUACCACCUACAACAGGGCUCUCGUCCUCUGGGCAGGUUCAGUGCCCUGAUUUGGGUGGGGGCUCCAGACCAGCCCCCCCUGAAGCUCAUCCAGGCGGUGGCAGGCGCCCAACACUGUGCCCAGAUCUUGGUUCUCUGGAGCAGUAAGAAGCCACCCCCACCCAGGUGGCCUGAGACAGCAGUGCCCUUGACAGUCCUUGAUGGGCACAGGAAGGCCAGUGACCGCUUCCUCCCGUACAGCGCCAUCAGCACCGAUGCCAUCCUGAGCCUGGACGCCCACAGCAGUCUUUCCACAAGUGAGGUGGACUUCGCUUUCACGGUAUGGCAGAGCUUCCCGGAGCGGAUGGUCGGCUUUCUCACAUGGAGCCACUUCUGGGAUGAGGCCCAGGGGGGCUGGGGCUACACUGGCGAGAGGGCCAAUGAAUUCUCCAUGGUUCUCACCUCAGCUGCCUUCUACCACAGGUAUUACCACACCCUCUUCACCCACUCCCUGCCCAAGGCUCUGAGGACCCUGGCAGAUGAGUCACCCCGCUGCGUGGAUGUCCUGAUGAACUUUCUAGUAGCAGCCGUCACCAAGUUGCCGCCUAUCAAGGUGCCCUAUGGGCCGUGGCAUCAGGAGGCCAGGCCUCCUCCACUGGCGCCUGGGAGUCCGCGGCUCAGAGCGGAGCCUCAGCCGGCCGCCCAGAACUGCAUCAGCCGGAUGGCGGCAGGGUUCGGCCACAUGCCCCUGGUGUCCUCCCGCCUCCGUCUAGACCCAGUGCUCUUCAAGGACCCGGUGUCCGUGCUGCGUAAGAAGUAUCGCAGCCUGGAGAAGCCCUAG